AUGAACUGGACCCGACUGGAAAUUUCCCUCACUGGUUCAGAGUGGAAGGCUAUGAUGCAGCCAGACUCUCUCAAAACACCAAACAAGAAUGUAGAGAUCGCAAUUUUUGGAGUACUUGAAGAUGCUUUUCUCGUUGGCGAUUGCUUAUCAUCCCACAAUUUGUUUCUUCAAGAUCCAGGAUUUGCUUAUGAUACUCUAUAUAAAAACCCCCAUAAGUUCCCAUUCACGGAUUUCUCAGAUGGAGAUUCCGACAGCGAUAUAUCCGAAGCUGACGACUCUGAAACUCUUCCGAUCCACCAAGCUUCCGGCAAGCUUUCAAAAAGCAGCCUGCAAUACGUUCUGGAUAACUUGCAUCAGCACGAGUAUCUUCAUCCAGUUGAGCCUGAUGAGCAUUUGGCUAUUUCCCUUUUCCCACACCAGAAAGAAGCGAUUGAUUUCAUGAUACGUCGAGAAACAGGUCAAUCAACUUCUUCCAUAUCUCUUUGUAAAACCCAGACCGACAACAAUGGAGAAAAGUACUAUCGGCACGCUAUUACGGGCGACUCCGUUCUUGAGCCCCCAGUUGGCCCUUUUGGCGGUAUCCUUGCCGACACGAUGGGUCUUGGGAAAACAGUCACCACCUUGUCAACAAUUGUCAGCACCCUUAAUCAUGCGAAGGAAUGGACCGAGAAGCAGACCAAUGAUGGGUCCGAAAAGAGACGAGCAAAGGCCACAUUGAUUGUCCUCCCUAACGAAGUGUUGAUGGAUCAAUGGCUCAACGAGAUCCGCAAUAAAUUCGUUCCAGGAACAUUUGCAGCUUGCAGAUACCACGGUGCAUCACGCAAAAUCCAGAUCUCAACUUUUAUGGAUUACGAUAUUGUCUUGACAACGUAUGGGACUAUCAAGGUGGAUUUCUCCGAAAAGAAAAACUUGAUAUUCCGAACAGAAUUCUUUCGCAUUGUUUUAGAUGAAGAAGAAAUGUUCUCAACAAAGUUUCGCGCUUUCUUGAGGGCUAUCCUUGGUCAUAUUCCCCAAGAGAAGGGACUUGUGUUUUCGGCAUGGACAAAGAGCUUGGAUAUUGCCGCAGUAAUGCUACGUCAGCACAACAUUGGCUUUGCUCGUGUAGACGGCUCAAUGUCGGCUCCUCAACGCCAACAGGCGUUCAAAAGCUUCAAGACCAGUAAGGAUGUGAAUAUACUUCUUAUGACUAUUGGGACUGGUGCUGUUGGACUCAAUCUUUCCAUCGCCACGCAAGUGCAUAUUCUGGAACCAUCGUGGAAUCCAAUGGUCGAGCAGCAAGCAAUUGGUCGCGUUGUUCGUCUCGGACAACAAAGCCCAGUUGUUAUUACCCGUUAUAUCAUGAAAGGCACUGUUGAAGAGAGUGUAGUGUCCCGCCAAGACUUUAAACUAAAAGUAGCUAUGAACGGCUUCGAGCGAAGCUCUAGCGACGAAUCUAGCGACGAUAUUGGGACAGAAAGUGAUGCAUCGUGA